ACUGUGACAGUUUGUAAAGGAGCACUGUCAGCCACACAGCCUGAGGAGGACCUAAAGAGUAUCCUGAGAGUUUGUGGAGCGAUCGGUCAUGAUGUCUGAUUCCAGGGUGUCCUCUGUCAUCCAGGAGUGGGUGAGCUCCUUCCCAGGUCAGGCGCACAGCCAGACCCUGAAUUCUGUUGCUUCCAACUCGGCCGCUUCCACCAACCAGAUGACGCAGAUGGAUAUGAUCUCGUACGGCCAGUCUCAGGGGAUGAUAAGGGGGGGUGGCGAUGACAGAGGGGCCGAGCAGAUGAUGGGACUGUCGUACCUGCCGUACCCGCCGUCCUGCCUUGGCACCGGCGCCAGCGCGGUGAGCACAAACCACCACCAGAGCCACGCCAGCACUCAGCAGGACUUCUCCCCCUUCCUCCUGCCAACUCUGCGGGCCCCGGUAACCAAGAGGAGCAUCAGCAAGGAUAGCGCAGAGUACCGCCUGAGGCGUGAGAGAAAUAACAUCGCGGUGAGGAAGAGCAGGGACAAAGCCCGCAGGAGGAUCCUGAUGACCCAGCAGAGGGCCGGCCAGCUGCAGGAGGAAAACCAGAAGCUGCAGAUGAGGAUAGCACAGCUGACACAGGAGCUGGACACUCUGAAACACAUCCUGUCACAGCGGCACCUGCAGGCCGCCGAGGAGGGAGCAGCCGGGCAGUCCAGCAUCUGAGCACAGCCCGAAACCUCGUUGGUACCUGAUGUUAACGCCUGAUUACAGGCUUCACAGUGUGCCUCAGUAAGGCCUGCGAGACUCACAGUGAAGCACCUGUUGGAGCAUUUUCACGAACAAACAUUUGUGAUCAUGACAAAGUCACCUAGAGGAGGUAAUGCUGGGUAUAAAAGUUGUUAACUGUAGUUUUAUAUUGUAAAGGAAACCGUAGCUUACUGGCAGUGUUGUGGCUACUAUUUAGUACACCGAUGUCCACAUUUUUAAUUGUUCUCUUACCCCCAAACUUUACAUUUCUGGACCUCACAUGUUGAGCGUAAAAGGUUCAAAAUGGCAAAAUGAACACUUCCAAUCUGCUGAGAGUUUUGACACAUUUGGACACAUUCAGCAUCACACAGAAGGAGCACUGUACUAAACGUAGCUUCUCAUGACAAGCACCCAAGAUUAUCUGCUGAAGUAAACUAACGCCUUCAGGCAAUUCGUGUUGUGAUAUAUAAAUAAAAUGAACUGAAGUGAAUUGAAAUGACCGCUGCAGGAGGUGGGCUUUAUGAUCUGUAUGUAGCUAAUGCUAAGCUGACGCUACUGUUAAAGUGCAUCCUGGCAUACUUUUGGUAGCUAAGCGUUAGUUAGCUAAACGUUAGCAAACCUUUGCUUUAAAAUUUGAGUUUAUGGGGUUGUAAAGGAUGAUAAUAAUAAUAAUAAUAAUAAUAAUAAUAAUAAUAAUAAUAAUAAUAAUAAUAUACCAUCCUCCAUUUUUAUUGAACAUGUAGAUACACUGGGUUUUGAUACACCUCCUGUGAUUGGACAAUCAAAGUCAUUGAGUGGAGUUUAGUGUAGGAAAAUAGCAUGUUUUGUUGGAAAAUAGAUCAGCAGAUAAAAUGAAAUCAAUUGGAAUAAUAAAAGUUUGGCUAAUAAAUAGCCUCAGUAGGCUAUGAUGCUGCACAGCAGGUGCUGUUACUGUUUGGUCUGAAUGUAGAGGCUAUUUAUUUUCUAAUGCAGGAACUUGAGGCACACAGCAAAAAAAGAAAAAAUAGAGACAGAGUCAAUACUGAAUUUUAGUCAUGUGAUGGAGGACUUUGGUUUAAACUAAAAUGCAGGCGUAGAUAUAAUAAAAGGUAAAAAAGUGCGCUGAAGGACACAAACUGGUCAAUAGUUUAUCUGCAGAUUGGAAAUGGUGGUUCCUGUUCACAUAUGGGUACAACUCGUGGACCCCUUUAAACAACGGAAAAAAAGAGUCCCGCUGUGUGCCUUGGACCGGCUGGAUAUGAUUUGAUUUAAUAAACAUUGCCUAAUCAUCUACCUGACCUUUACCGUCUUCGUCAGAGCUGAUUGUAAGCGUUGUUGCCCAACGGAGUUGCACAACAACCUGUGGUUUGAAGAGGAUUCGAUGAAACAGAGAAAAGAGCCUCUCUCUUCUAAAAUACAGCAUCAAUCCCCAGUAAAUACAUGUGUGAUUACUUGAAAUGGUUUCAAAUGUGUAGCGAAUAAUACACACUGUUAAAGUGAAAAGUUGAAGUGCUGCCAAAUGUUUUUUUUUUUUAAUAAAUAAAUGAUUGCUUGUGCCUAUA